CAAAGGCUGCCUGCCAAUAGAUCAAGAGCAUCUCCUGCUCCCUCUCCUACCCCCUCCAAAGAAAAGCAUCUCUCGCGCAUAGAAUAGAUUCAUCCACACGCAUACCUAGCCUCGAUCUUAAACUACAGUGGCUUGUGGGUUUUCUCCGCCGCCAUGGCUCCCCUGCCUCUUCUUCCUCAGGUCCUGGUUCCAGUCCUCGUCCUGCUCUGUCUCUCUCCGGCCUGCGCUGCCCGGAGGGUCUCGGUGGCGGUCUACUACGAGACGCUGUGCCCGUUCUGCUCGGGCUUCGUCGUGAACGACCUUGCCAGGAUCUUCCGGAACGGCCUCUCCUCCAAUGUCGACCUCCGGCUCGUCCCUUUCGGCAAUGGGCGCGUCUCGCCCGACGGAUCCAUGACCUGCCAGCAUGGGGAGGAUGAGUGCCGACUCAACGCCAUACAAGCUUGCGUUAUCAGUGUCUGGCCUGAUGCGGAACGGCAUUUCCCUUUCAUAUAUUGCAUCGAGCAUUUGGCUCUGACUCAGAAAUGGGGCGCGUGGCAGUCAUGCUUUCACGAAGCUGGUCUGGUCUCUCAGCCUGUCUUGGACUGCUACAACUCAGGAUACGGUAGGCAGCUCGAACUCCGGUAUGCGGCAGAGACGAAUGCUCUCCAGCCCCCUCAUAAGUUUGUGCCUUGGGUGGUCGUGAAUGGGAGACCCCUUGGCGAUGAUUACACCAAUUUCGAAGCCUACGUUUGCAACGCUUAUGACGGCGAACUUCCAGAGGCAUGCAGGGGAAAGCACCUGCAAAUUGCUCAGCACACAAGAGCAAGCCCAGGACACAAGUCGAUGCGUCAUGCCUUUGAGCGACAAGAAUCUGCUUACAAUUUAUGGAAGCCUAGUUUUCUUCUUCUUUUGUUUUUGGGCAUGGGCACUUCACUUCGCAUUGUUAUAUUCAGAGACAUUCCUGAUUGGGUUUCAUGCUCUUAUAACACAGAGGAAUCCAAGAGAGUUGGCCAUUGUACUUGCUUUUUGCAUCGCUCUCUGGUUCUGAAGCGCUACUUCAUCAAGAUUAACCCAAACUUUCCGGAGACAGGUCAAGAUAGUCCACUAACAAAUACUAGCAGUAGCUGCAUAUAUUGAAACGGGAAAUUGUACAUCCUUUAAAAUAGUUAUUGUUGCUUUCAUUUUACGGAAAAGGCAGACGCUCUGUUCAAUUCAUAUUAAGAUAGAAAAA